AUGGCGCUGCCCGCCGGGCCCCGGGGUUCGUUUCACGGCCCAGUUACCAGCCCGGCCCAGCUGCGGUUCGGUUCGGUUCGCUCCGCUCGGCCUCUCCCGGCCCGGCCCGUUCCAGGCCCACCGCCUCCCGGGCCCGGCCCGCCGCUUGCGCCGCCGCCGUCCGGACCCCGCGUCCCGGCACUCGCGUUCCGCCGCUCCAAGGCCCCCAGGCUGCUGGAGCUGCCCUACUCCAAUGGUGGUGAUGGUGAUGAUGAUGAUGAUGAUGGUGAUGGUGGCUCCUGGGCUGGGGACGCCCUGGCCAAGCAGGACCCCAAGGAGUGGUGCUCCCACCCCCUUAAAAUGGGGACCUUCAGCCAGUGCAUCCGCUACCUCUCCUUCCUCUGGAACCUCGUCUUCCUCCUGAUGGGAGUGCUGGUCCUGGCUACCGGGGUGUGGGGCUUGGUGGCCAAGGGCUGGCUGCGUGGGGACAGCGUGGUCCCGCUGGGCUCUGACCCCAUGCUGCUCCUCUUGCUGCUGGGCAUGGGCACCAGCACCCUCUCCAUGGCGGGCUGCAUGGGGGCCCUGCGCCCCAGCCCCUGCCUCCUCCGCUUCUUCCUGGGGGCCAUGGGGGCCCUGGUGGGGCUGGAGGUGCUGGGGGGGCUGGUGCUGGUGCUGGUGUCCCGGCGGUGGCUGCGGGAUGGCCUGAGGGACACCCUCCUGCUCUGCCUCCUGCGCUACCAGGAGGAGCCCGACCUCCGCUUCAUGGUGGACGAGGUGCAGCGGGGGCUGAGCUGCUGCGGCCUCGGCUCCUACCGUGACUGGGAGAUCAACCUGUAUUUCAACUGCAGCUCCCCGGGGGUGCAGGCGUGCGGUGUCCCGGCCUCCUGCUGCUUGGACCCGCUGCAGAACGGGACCAUCACCAACUCCCAGUGUGGCUUCGGUGUCCUGAGGCUGGGGGACAUGGCUGCCAGCACCGUCGUGCACCUGGGGGGCUGCAUGGCCCCGAUGGGGGGGUGGCUGCGUGCCCAGGGCGGUGCCAUCGCCAUCGCCGCGGCUGUCGUGGUGCUGCUGGAGGCCACGGGCACGCUGAUGGCACUGAAGGUGUUGGGGGACAUCACACCCGCCAGGGUGUGGGAUUGA